GCUGCUGCUGAUGCAGAUACAUAUCACUGGAUCUAUAUGACUGAUUCCUGUUCCAUUCCUACUGUGCUGGCCUUAUUCAACAACUGAUUGUAAAGCCAGGAAGAUAUUGUGAAUCACUGGCCGUCAGUCGACAAGAGCUCUUAGGCUCCUCCUCUGAUGAUUGGCCCAUGAAAGAACUAACACAGCAUUUUACUUAGCUUGAUGGCUAGGCACCCCCCUGUCCCCCCUCCUUGCAGCCAGGCUAAGAUUUGGUGGCAGCAGUGGUAUAAUCGCCACAAUCGUAUCUCGACUGACAACAGGAAGACGGAGCAUCUACAAGCACACAAGCUGGUACAAUGCAUGAAGCACUCUCCCUGUGUGUUAGGAGUAUGUCUUCUAAGCGAAAAAACACCCCAACAAAAUUAAGUAAGGACGACGUCGUACUAGAGCGACAAACUCUCAACUCAGACUGUGACAAUAACCAUUUUGAUUCGGAGGGUGACACAGAGCCUCACCUGCCGCAUCAGUUCAUCCAUUUUGACCACAGUGAUAACGAUUCUUCGGACACUGGUUCGGACAGACUUCCUCGCAAGAAGCAGAGACUUGUUGAUCGGUUGGGCAACCAUCACUCGGCAGAAUCCGACAGUGACGAGUGUCACAGCUCGUUGCAAAACAAUAAUAACAGUAUAACUACAACAAAGCCUUCUUUAGGGCUGCAUAAGAAAUCUAUGGCGAGUGUUUUGCGACGAUUGAACUCUAAAAGCCAGGACACUGAUAUCAAGGACAUUAUGACAAAGACUACAGAAGAAAAGGACCCUGGGGUGAUCGAGAGUGUGCAGCAGAUUCUAACCAGUGAUGGCCCAGUUCAGGACAAGGAACAGAAGCUCAAUGACAUGAUUGCACAGCUACAGACGAUCAAGGAUGGUCUCCAGAAACAGACUCACACAGCUCCCCCUGGUGACAGCUUCGGACUGCAAGUUUCGUCAGUACCGAACCAGGCCCGUACCUCUCCCAAGGCUUCCUCCCCGGAAGGCAGUGAGCCUCACAAGUCUUCGACGUCUCCCCAGUUGGCCACCUCACCCUAUCCCCAGGCUCGACACACCCUGCCCUCUCCACCCACUAUGAGACAGACCAGCCCCCACAUGCCAGUCCUGGGUUCAACUCCUUGUUGGCCCAGUGGACACAUUGCAGUGCCAAUGAACCACACAGACCAAGAAGCACCUCUCAACCUGACCAAACCUAAGCAUGAGGCCAAAUUUGACCGAUUGUCUGACGACCACUUGGGUGUGAUUCAUGGUCGGUCUAUCAAGAGGGAGCCAGUUGUCACACCUCCUCCCGCUCACAGCAAUCACAAAAGGCAGCAUCAGCAACAACACCAGCAACAACAUCAGCAGCCAACAGCGCAGACACCACCAACAACAGACAUCUCGUCACUGAUUGGGUUGAGAUCCCCAUUUGGCAUCCCUGCUCAGUACAUCACAAGCCCAUACUUGGGCAUCCCAGCACACUACCCCGGUCUCACGCUCGGAGGACAUGCUCACACACUCAAUGGCGCCAAGUCGCCAUCCGAAAGUGAAAAAGAGAGUUACGUACAGGAAGCAUUGGCACGGCAACUAGCGGCAUCAGUUAGUGGUCCAGUGUUCCCAGGUCUUCACCAUGUACCGCUCUAUGCAAGCACGCCAUCCCCGACGAUGCCGCAACUCACCCAGUUGAGUGGCGCCAAGGACACCCCCAACAUGCCCAUCUCCAGCGAUGACAGCCAGAACUACGUUCAGCAUCUACAGAGUAAGAUGUUCGGUGCAAAGAUUAUCCGAGCACAGCGUGAGAAGAACGAGCCAGGGAGACCUCACGUAAAGAGGCCAAUGAACGCCUUCAUGGUUUGGGCUCGAGAAGAGAGACGCAAGAUCCUCAAGGCCUGCCCUGAUAUGCACAAUUCCAACAUCUCCAAAAUACUAGGAGCGAAAUGGAAGGCGAUGUCCAAUGCAGAGAAACAGCCAUAUUAUGAGGAACAAUCUCGUCUCAGCAAACUCCACAUGGAGGCUCACCCUGAUUACAGAUACAGACCAAGGCCUAAACGUACAUGUAUUGUUGAUGGAAAGAAGCUGAGAAUCUCCGAAUAUAAAGCGUUGAUGAGGAGUCGGAGGCAAGAUGUUAGACGGGUGUGGUACGGAGAAUCUGGAGCUACAUAUGUUGAGGGUUUACUAUCUUCAGAAGGAACAGGGCCUUCCAAUUCCAACUUCGAUCCCAGCCAGUUCUUGAAAUCUUCUUCUCCAGUAAACAACAGCCUAAGCAAUGGUGAAGCCGGUUCCCCUGUUAACAACGGUAAUUCCAUACACGACGAUAAACUCUCUGGCUGGGAUUCGGAACAUCUUCAGAACGGUGACAUGAACGACAUCGAUGGUGGUUCCGAUGUAAGCAUGGACACCUCGUAUACUGAUGCAUCGAACACCAGUUUUGGAAACAGUGCUGUUACAGAGGAGGUUGCGUCAACAUAGUUCCCAAGGAUUUGUAGUUUACCACAGUGCAUAUUUAAUAUAAUGUAACAAUGGUGCUAGAUCUGUUUAGACUCCCUAGCCUGCGUUGUCCAUAAUGGUUGCUCCCCUCAAGCUGCUCCUGGAGAUGAGAGCGGUCAUCACACAGAGGAGAUGUGGACCUGACCAUUGUUCAUCAGAGCACCUGCUUAGAAAUAUGAACACCUUGUUGUCCUAAUUCUACAGUGUUUGGAGAGAUGAAGCCAGCCCUGGACGACAUCUCCAGAGUUGUGCUUGAACUGUCUCCAAAAAGCGUGUUGGUUUGACCCAGGUUCUAGCAAAGAGCACAUGCUUGGCUUACCGUCGUAACAGGUGCUUGGACUAACAUUAUUAGAGGUCUUGCUUCACAGACUUCUGGCUUCUUGGCAGCAUUGGAGAAAUUUCUACAGACUUCAUCGAAGCUUGAAACCAAAAUUCUUCACACCUCUAGCUGCAAGUUGAGUCCAUAUUCCACUCCAAGUCUCCCCACAUCUCACUGUGCUGAUAAGGUCCCAUCAGAAGGGAUGACAACAUCCAACGAAUUCAUGGUGCCAUGAACUCCUGCAACACACGUCCUUGUUCCUCAGACUUAUAUCCCAGCAGAGUCUGUGCCCAUGACAAUUCCAGGACAAGCACCAGGCACCGCAAUAGGAAAGAUGACCAACGAAACUCACUGACCAGUUAUCCACGCAGUCAGCGCCACCGUGCCACUAGCUCCCGCUUCUAGAUGCCUGUAUAUAGACAUAGUAGGCCGCACCUCGACAAGACUCUGUCUAUCAGAGCACAUAACUUUAUACUAUCCUCUCACUGUGUAGAAGUGUUCCUGUUGUGGAAUCACUGUAUUACUGGUACGCCAUGGUUACGUGUAACAUUGUAUACGCUAUAUGACAUUGUAUACAGAUCUGUAUGCAGUACAAUGACAUCAUAUGCGAUACUGCAGCGAUACUGUGUAGUUUUGACAUGACAGUACUGUAUACAGUACUACAGGGUAUGACGAUACUAUAUGCAGUACUGUAUCACGUGACAAUACUGUGUUCAGUACUAAUGGCAUGACAGUACUGUGUUCAGUACAAAAUGGUAUGACAAUACUGUGUAGUGUACUUGUCACAUGACAAUACUGUGCACAGUACUAUAUCACAUGACAAUACUGUGUACAGUACUAUAUCAUUAUCACAUGACAACAUGUGUACAGUACUAUAUCACAUGACAAUACUGUAUACAAUAUUAAAAGUGUCUGUAUACUGUAUACAGUGCUACUGACAUGACGAUACUGUACAGCAGUAUUAUAUGACAAUACUGUUGGCAGUACUAUAUCCCAUGUAUACUGUAUACAGUACUACUGACAUGACGAUACUGUACAGCAGUAUUAUAUGACAAUACUGUUGGCAGUACUAUAUCCCAUGUAUACUGUAUACAGUACUAUUGACCUACCAGUAAGUAUGGGCCUAUACCACUGUACUGAGUACUAACACUGCCUAUGGUAUUACAACACCAUGUAAAGAUGGCAACGGCCUUCUGUAUGUAAUUCUGGGUCCAAUAUAGAUUGAGGCACCCCCUCUCUCAGUCCAUAUUGCUGUUGUCCUGUUCCUAGGUUCAUGCUUAGCUCUGUUGACCUCUGCCAUUCAUUGUGAUACACCUCGGUCCAUCUGCUCCAGUGACCACUUCAUACCUCAGCCAUUACGGGAAUUAAAAAUUAUUAAUUAAUUAUUUAAUAAUAUGUUAAACUUUUAAAAAAAAAUUAGAAUAAAAAAAUAAGUCCUUUGUUUCCUCUCAAAAGGGUAAUAACAUGAUUUUAUUAUCAAAUAUUUGCACAUAUAAAAGUGCUUUUCAGAAUAAAUGAUUAUUUAGAAUUAUUUGUAAAAGUCCAAGUACAUUAUUAAAAGAGGACAAAAAUUUACCAUAAGGAUAUAUUAAAUGUGUAACCUUCUUUCCCAGUUGUACUUAAUAAUAUUUUCAACAUGAGUUGUUGUGAUACUUACAGUCGGUACUGGUAAUACAUGAACAGUACUCAGACAAGUGGUUUAUCAACUCACAGUGUUUAUAGUUUAGUAACAAAAUAGUAUUCCAGAUAAUUAGUCAUAGUGUUUUAAAAACCAAGGCAUUUUCGCUGGCAUUGACAUUUUUUGUUCGCAGACUUUUUGUUUUGUUUUUGCUUUGUUAGUGAUAGUUGCCGAGGACACAGAUUAUAUCUCAGGCAGAUGGACCGGGUGUAAUAAGGCGAGGUGCUGUUGUAUUUAAGUCAUAAACAUCCACUACUUCACUGUUGUCAAACGCUGCUGAUGUUGAGGGCAAGGUUUAUUACUGUAGAAUAUUGAGUGCCAAAUCUACCUUGUUAAGGUUCCUGAUUGUUUAAAGUUUAGUUCUUCCUAUCUUUGCCAUAUAUGUGUGAUGAUUGUUACCUUUUGAGUAGAAUUUAAACCUAGAGUCUUUCUUCAGUAUAGUAUGCUCUGCGAGAGAUAGUUUCUCUUAUGAAGUAAUUUUGUUGAAUCUUAUGCUGUUAGGAGAUGACGAUUAAGCUGGGUUACCUGCCUUGGUUUCUGUUGACUUGUUUUCACAUGUUGAAAGAUUUAUUGAGUGUGAUGCCGUGUAAAUUUGUUUUGAGGAUGUUUGGGAGAAAUCCCUUUAAGCACUGUCAAUUUAUUUUGAAGAAGCUGUAAAUAUGACUGGCAUGGAACCAAUCACUACUGUGGUAUUCCGGAAUUGACGCAAUUAUCGUGUGUUUCUGGAAGAAAUUGAUUGAAUGCAUAAUUAUGAUAAAAUAAACGACAAAAGUGCCAAAUUUGGAUUAUUGUAUUAAUGCAUUGACAGUGCACAAAAUGUGUUGUGUUAGAGAUAGCAGUAAGGGGAGGUAACCCUGAUAGAUCUGUAAUGUGAUAGAAACAUGUACAUAGGUCACAAUGCACGGAACGCACUGAUCACAGGGCUGUACUAAUUAGAUGCUAGAGAUGGUCCCUGCUGUAUUGUGCGAAUCUCGAAAGAGGCCUGCGUUACUAGAGGCAGUUUUGUCCGUCUUCCGUCAAUCGAACCUCGUGUAGUUGACACAGUAGAUUCAAUGUCUGUAUUAUGAGUAUGAUACAAUCAUGUCUUCCUCGGUGUUGAGCACUGGCCAGUGGUCGGACUCACGUGGGUGUACGUACACACUGGCGGAACUGUAAUGUAUUAAGUAGGUUGUCCUCACAUUCAUCUGUCUCAAGGCAUGGACCAACAUUCUAUUGUCAAUACUCCAAUUAAAUGGAUAGUUGUGAUUGAUGACAAAUUAAUAGAUUCAUAACAUAAUUUAAUUUUUGUUCUGUUUUUAAUACUGAAUCAGAACUCUUGCGAAAUCUACUUCUAAAAAUAUUAAAAAAAUAUUUUUAAGAGAAAUAUAAAUUUGUUACCAAUCACUGCUACAUAAUGUGUAAUGGGUAUAAUUUUGAAGCCAUACCUGUAAUAUAUGUAUUUUGUUAGUGUUGAGAUGUGGAAUGAAUAUAAGUCAUAUUAUCAUAGGUUUUUAACACUUUAACUCUAAGUGAACUAUAUUACCCGUAUGUUAUCCUGAGACGAGAGUUAUCGUGUUACCUACUGUGCUCGUAUCAUAUCAGUAUGUUUAUAUUCAUUAAUCGUCAUAGUAACCACUAGACACUUGGUCUUGACAUAGCAACUAUUUAUCAACAUAGGACCAUUAUUUAUGAAGACAAAAUGUCAAAUAUCUAUAUGAAUCAUCAUGUAGAUUAAUUAGGAAUGGCUUCAGAAGACUGAAACGAGUUAUUGUGACUGUGCGAGGUGACACAAGUAUGUCCCUGUACGAUACGGUAUGUAUCACACGGUAUGUGGUGUGUAUGUCUAUAGACAACGUCGUAUGUCGCCAAUGCUGCUCACAAUUGUAUCCAUGUAUUUAUGUUAAAGUGUUUAUUGGGCAUUGGUGUUUGUGCCCCUACGACUGUCCGCUGUUUGUGGGCUAAAUCCUAUAACAUAAUUGUUUAUUGACGUACGAGUUUAUAUAACAUGACUUUGUUGACGUGGGUGGGUGCAUGGUGAUGAUCUCGUUUUAUCGGAUGUGUUAUUUUUUCUUAUGUCUAUUCAACUGUACCAUUAAAUGUAUACCUGCAUGUGUUGAUUUUGGUGCCUGUAGACUCUAUAUAUUGACAAGAAAGAGCAACGACAUUUACAUAUUUUGUACCUGCAUUCGAACAAACCUGUUUCAUCUGAAACGACAAACUAAAAAAGAUUUUGAAGACAUCAGUGUUUUCAUUUCAAUGUGGAAAUUUGAGACUGGUGAAAUUAAAACUUUGUUUUGCUCUUGUCGUAGUGACGAUUCCUCUUCCCCAUCAUUGUGACUUAGUGGAUUUCCUUCUGAAAACACAUUCCUGGCUCCCUUGGUAAAAUCCCCAUAAAAGCUUCAUUCUGUUGUCCGCGAAAUUACUGCUGUCACUCCCUACAUCCUUCUCCUUCUCCAGCGUUUACUGUCACACAAUGCUGUCAGAAUGUUAAUUCCAUGACUAUCAUUAAAUAUCAUUUUAUUUGUCACAAAUUUGCUCAAUUUUAUUAUUGGUUAUUUGUCAUAAACUUGUUCAGUUGGAAUAUUUUCUUUUUUACAUUAUGCUAUUGCAUCAAGGUGACGAUUUGAGCGUUUCAAAGGGUUAUGUUUACUUGUGCAUUUCUUAUUAAUACUGUAUUGUAUUUGAAACCAACGACCCUGCGUAGAGUGGGAGUAUAGACUAAUAGUCCGGUCAUUAUUGUUUAGCUUUAGGCUGCUUGAACUCCACAUUACAUUACGAACCUCCACAUGGAACCUUCAGUGCCAGAUCCAAAGGGAAGGACUGUUUAUCAAAGUGUCGGAAGGGAGACUGGAGUUUUGAGUUGUGUGUCCGCUUCUACCGCUAUGACAGAAAUGAACUCCCCCAGGGGCAUUCAUUAUGCUAGGAGAUGUAGUUGUUUUGUCUCUAAGUUAUAUUCUUUUUAAUUUUUAUCCCAGUUUUUGAUAUGUGCUAUUGUAGAGCCUCUGUUUCAUGAUUUUUCUUGAACGUUUUAGUAGUGAUUAAGAUACCAUGACAUUUGGCAUGUUCUGAACCACAGACCAUCUGUCAUCCCUCUGUUUUUAAUGGUUUGAUCCACUGGAACCAUCCUGUUGCCCCUCUGUUUAUUAUGGUUAAAUCCAUUCAAACCACCUGUCCUCCCUCAGUUUAUUAUGGAUCGAUCCAUUCAAAUGACCUGACACCCCUAUGUUCAUAAUGGUUCAUCCGAAAGGAACAUCACCAUUUUCUUCAUCAUCCUUUCCUUCCGAUUCAGCUCAUCUCAAACACAAGUCCCUGUCAAAUUUAACUGUUCAUCCUAUCAAAUAUUCAUCACCCAUAUGUCCAUAAUGGAACAGUCCAUCUUAGCUACCUUCCACCCCAACUUCAACAUAGUUCAGUCCACUGGACAACCUGACCCAUCUCUGUCACCAAUGUUCCAUUCUAUAGCUCAGCUCAGCUCUAGGUUUAGUUCGGAAAAUAGCAAAAUUCUAACGUUUUCACUCACAGGUAUUUUGUUUGGGUAAUGGGCUGACAAAAUUACUUAAACAUAAAUAAUUCAUUUUAUUAUGAUGUAUCAUAAUUAAUAAAUUGAAAGAUUUUCAUCCAGCUUCUAUUAAAUUGUAAUACAAUUCCUAUAUUUCUUAAAAUUAGCAAUUGAUUUCUUGGACAAGUGGGUCAAGUUAAGGCAAGUGACAACUGGUUACCAGUAUCAAUCACAUGUUGGAUAAGUAUCUUGUAAUUCAUUCUUUUACCUAAUCUGAAAUAAUAUACUGCAUAAUGAAAAACUGUAAAAUCUUGACAGUUAUGUCCGUGGAAUCUCGUAUGUAAAGCUAAGAUCUGAUUUAAAGAAUGCUACAUUGCUUUAUAAUAUUAUCAUGAAUAAGUUUUAAUUUAUUUAUAUCUUAAGCAUAAUAAGUGUGAUUUAAUCUAUACAGGUUGUGUCAAGGUCAUAUAUUUAGAUAUUGAACAAUGCUUAUAGUAAAAGGUCACCAAGAUGAAAGGUCACAUGCAUAUUCUACUUAAAAUACUGCCAAAUGAUUUAUCUCAAUAUCCAAAGUUUAUAAGUCAGUACUCACAGGGGUAAUCCUUUGAUUGGGUGAUCCUUUGAUUGAGCCCAAGAACUAUAUCUGUCCCAAAUAACAGAAAAUUUUAUUUUUAUUUUGCAUUUUCCUGAUGACUUGUUUUCAGUUUUUAUCCAAAAAGUGUUCAGCUUCAAAUUGUGAGCCUUUCUUGUGUCUCCCCUGAAUUGUGUAUUAAAUUCAAUGUUCAAUGGUGUACUUAAUUUUUGAAUGUUUAAACUUUGAGAAGCAACUAUGAGUGCUACUACCUGUUCUUCCAGUGUUAGGGCAAUCAACGAGAUAGCCUAGCAAAUACCUCGUAUAUCUGAAAUCUCAAUCCAGUUGCCAAAUAUAUUUAAUGGAACUGAAUACACAGUUUUGUUCUUGUUGAAAUGGAAGGUUACUGUAUAAGUUGUUUCUUAAAGGGGGACUAAUCUCUUGAUCCUAUUAUCAGUUUUCUAUAGGUAAAAAUGCUUCAAUUGUUGCAAAACCGACUUUGUCUCUAUGUAGUCAGGAUAAACAUUAUGUUUACAUCAGUGUAUAAAUAAUUGUUACUCAAACAAGUUGUAAAAUAAUUGUCCUUAACUUGCUGCAACUUCCCAUAUGUGAGCAUAGUCCCCCUUUAAAAUAUGAAACAUUACCCAUGAAUCUGGACAUAUACCUAUAUCUCUAAAUUUGAUAGUUUUACAAUCAAAAAAUUAAACUUGCCUUCCACUGUAGAUCUAGUAAUAGUGCUAGAUUGGGCCACUUACAGGUAAUAUUUCUUGAUUGUUAUUUUAAUACAUUUUGUGAGAAAACUCUAUGGAAUAUACCUUUUCUUUAGUAUAGUAUAAACUGCUGUAGUUUCAUAUACCAGGUAUUUUUGUAAUGGAUAGAGUAUUUUAGAUUUCCAUUUCACUUUUAGUGAUGUUUAAAUAUAUAUUUUAGAAGUUCGUAUUGGGAUACAUUGUAAUGGCUUACUGCGUACGUAGACAGCCGCGAGCACAACGAACAAAUGGUCAGAGCAAUAAUAAUCACAACUGAUGUUUUUUCUUUCUCAUAUCAUACUUCCAUAAUUUAUUUCAAUGUCAAAAUGCAGGGUAUACCUGUUUUAGUCGUGAUCAGUUUUAUCGCAAGUGAAAAAGAUAAAUGAUCAACAUCAUUUUUUAUCUUUGUUAGAUAAGUAUUUAGAUACUUACGUCAUGGUGUCAUGUUGAUGUACAUUUUUGUCAGUAGAAAUCAUAUAAGAAUAGAUCUGGCAAGAUGUUCCAGUGAACUUUCAAACUAAAAUGAUUGAGUGUUUACAGUUGAACAAAACUGCUCAUCAAUGUUAAAUUUGUUUAAGUUUAGUUGUAAUCUUAAAUAUAUUCUAUUGUUUAAUUUGUCACUUCAUGCCAAACUUAUGUUAGAAUUAACAAACCAUAUCUUGAAUGUUACAUCAUAUCCCACAAUCCUUUGUUAUCGACCAAUCAACACCCUUCAUAUCAAUCAUGUGACUGAUAGCCUCAACUUCACCAAGAUGGCGGACUUUUGUUGCGGUCAUCUCUCUAUGUUAAGUAUCCAAUGUUGAACAUGUUAUGUGUGCUUAAGAUUAAUAACGUAUAGUUGUAAGUUAUAGAUUUGAUACGAUAAUUUUUGUGCAAAAAUUGAAUAAAUCAUUUUUAUUAUA